AUUCAAGAAAAAAAAAAUUAAAAAUGAAAACAUUGCAGCAGUGAACAAAGAAUUGAGAUUACGGAGGAAGAAAUGGCGCUGGAAGCUUACUCGUCACAGGCCCCCGAUACAGUUCACACAGAUGUUCUCUCAGAAGCGAGGAUUGCUUGCUACAAGGCGCGGGACGCGUUUUAUGCGUGUUUGGAGAAAGAAUCAAACAAGAAGCCUACAGAAAUUGCGUCGGUGGGGCUGCUAUACCCCGUUGAAUGCAAGAAAAAUAGGGAGGAAUAUGUGAAGCAGUGCAGACCCACUUGGGUGAAGCAUUUUGAUCGGCAGUAUUGUGCAAAGAAGAGGGUUCAGAGGCUUUUGGACGAUAGUGAAUCGAGGAGAGGGGUGUAAGAUUUGAUCCCUUGCUGAAGAGGAGAAUGAUACCCGUCAGUUAUCCCGGUGACUGAAUGGGUGCCCCUUGCUUUCAACCUAUAUUAAAGUUUCGAGUGAGAAAGCGAACUCGUGGAUUUGCAUGAAGUCUGUUGCUUUCUGGUGUUCAUGUGUAAACUCAGUUGAGGUGUAUUUGAGUGCUAAAAUGGCCAAAAGAGAAAUAACCCCCAGAGUUGAUUACAUAUCUGUUCACAUUUUGUUAAAAGUUAAUUUAGCAGAAUUUUAUCAUUUCGACAAUGUAGUUGUAGGAUUUUAUGUUGUUCUGCUAUGUUA